UCUGAACCUUUAUCACUUUGGAUCUAAUGAUUUUGAGAGGAGAGCUCUGUAGUUCUCUCUGAAAAUCGAAAAUGCCUCAGAUUUUCUCCUAAGAAACAGCAUCAGUAUCUGAAUCUCCCAGUUUCCCUCAUUUGGGUGCGUGAUUUUCUUAUGUAUAGAGAGGCAUAUGUUGUCUAUCAAAUGAGGGAACAUUUUCAAUUCAUGUGAUAUAAGCAAGAUAUGAAAGGGGGGAACAUCAUCAGGGUGAAGGGGGGACAUCUUUCCAUUGCCAUGGUUGUUCUUAUGUUUACAACCAUAUUGUUAUGGGGUUGGGAUAAAAGCUAUUUUGCUAGUUUUCUUCCACUGACAAGACAGCAGUAUAUGAUACCACUUUCAGAAUAUGUAGUGGCCGUGUCAAAUAGUUCCUCAACACCAAAGGAUGAAAUGGUUAAGUCAGAGAACAAAAUGAAGGGAAGAAGUAAUAAUACCAAUGAAAAAGAACAACCAGGAAAAGGUUCAGACUACUUUGAUGCUGAUUCUAUCUCCAAGCCUACUCCUAUCUCCAAAGUUUGCAACUACGCCAAAGGUAGAUGGGUUGAAGACAACAGGCGGCCAUGGUAUUCCGGGUUAGGAUGCAAACAAUGGCUAUCAAUAAUGUGGGCCUGUAGACUUACAAAAAGAAAGGACUUUUCUUAUGAAGGAUAUAGGUGGCAACCGGAAAAUUGUUACAUGCCUGAGUUUGAGCGUUCAUCAUUCCUUAGAAGAAUGCAGAACAAAACACUUGCAUUUAUAGGAGAUUCAUUAGGUAGGCAGCAGUUUCAAUCUUUAAUGUGUAUGCUCACUGGCGGUGAAGAGAGCCCUGAAGUCGAAGACGUGGGGAAGGAAUAUGGUCUAGCUAAAGCUCCGGGGGCUCGUCGACCCGACGGAUGGGUGUAUCGGUUUCCAGAUACGAACACCACCAUUCUAUAUUACUGGUCAGCCAGCCUCUCUGAUCUAGAACCUAUUAAUAGAACAGAUCCAGCAACAAAUAUUGCAAUGCAUUUGGAUCAACCCCCAGCUUUCAUGAGGAAGUUCCUCCACGAGUUCAAUGUGUUGGUUUUGAAUACAGGACACCAUUGGAAUAGGGGAAAACUUGAAGCAAAUAGGUGGGUGAUGUAUGUUGAUGGAAAACCAGUAGAGGAAAAGAAGCCUUUGGAUAUGGGGAAGGCCAAGAACUUGACUGUAUACAGCAUUGCCAAAUGGCUCGACUCGCAACUUCCCCGACAUCGACGUAAUCUAAAAGUUUUCUUUAGGACAAUUUCGCCAAGGCAUUUCUUCAAUGGGGAUUGGAACACCGGAGGAUCCUGUGAUAAUAUGAUUCCUAUGUCUGGUGGGAGUGAGGUUGUCCAAGAUGGAUCUAGUGACAUUGUUGUUGAAAGUGCUUUAAAGGGUACCAAGGUGAAGAUCCUAGACAUAACUGCCAUCUCUCAGCUGCGCGACGAAGGGCACGUGUCACGCUAUACCCGUCGAGCAAUCUUAAACACAAGUGAUUGCUUGCAUUGGUGCUUGCCUGGCAUACCAGACACAUGGAAUGAACUGCUACUUGCACAGAUAUAGUUUUGCAUAUCAGCGCUUUCAGAGUAUACAAGAUUCUUAGUAAUGGUUGUAGCUGACAAUCUAUCAAUCUACUUCAUAUAGGCUGCCUGAAAGUACUAUUGAAAGGAUGUUACGUGUUCUUCGUUCAUGUAUUCGAGAAAGCGAAAAAGCCGAGCUAUUUCGAGUCGUUACAAUAUGUGUGGUGAAAAGUUUGCAUCAAUGGCUGCUCUGAUCCAUGAAAGGCAAACCCCUCCAAGUAAGGCUUUCUGCUUAUUCCUUCUUCUUUUGAUAUGCAUCAUUGAGAAUCCUGAUUUCUUAUGAGAAUGGUUUGAGGAUUGAAUAGUAAUGAUCACUGUUGGCGAUUUGGAACAAUUUUUUAAGCACUUAGUUGCAUGUUUUUUUGUUCA